AUGAUCAUCUCACGAGUAGUCGGUCUCUUGGGGCUGCUUUCUGGUGCCGUCGCAUACAAGACCCUCUCGGACGAUAGCCUCCGCGACAUCGCCGACCCAGGGGACGACUUUGAUAUCAAAAACGGUGCCUUGUUGGCUCCCAUCUUGCAACCGCGAGUACCUGGAACUCCUGGUUCAACGGCCGUGCUAACUCACUUUGUCAACUUCUUCCAAAAGUCGCUUCCGGAAUGGGAAUUGAGCUUUCAAAACUCGUCAUCCAAGACACCACUUUCUGGCAAUGAUGAAGUGCCCUUUCGCAAUCUCAUCGCGACAAGAGAUCCGCCCUGGGCGCAGCAAGGCCAUGUAGGGAGACUAGCACUUGUCGCCCAUUACGACAGUAAAAUUGACCCGCCAGGCUUCAUCGGGGCUAUCGACAGUGCCGCUCCAUGCGCCAUGCUGAUGCACGCCGCUAGAAGUCUGGACGCCGCUUUGACAAAGAAGUGGGCUGCUAUGGAGAGUGAUGGUGAGACGGAACUGGAAGAAGCAGGCGGUAUCCAAAUCAUCUUGCUAGACGGAGAGGAGGCCUUCAAGGUCUGGACGCAUGAUGACUCGAUCUAUGGCGCAAGGUCUCUGGCUGAAGAGUGGGAGCAAACGAUGCAUCCUGCCGCUUCAACUUACCGAACUCCGCUCGACGCUAUUGAUCUCUUCGUCCUCCUGGACCUGCUUGGUUCCGCCAAACCCACCGUACCGUCCUUCUUCCGAACAACCCACUGGGCCUACUCGAAUAUGGCAGCCGCCGAAGCAAGAUUACGAUCUUUGAAACAGCUAGAAACGGCUCCUGCUGAUGUCUUCCUUCGCGAAGCUAACAAGAAAGAGACGGACAGAUGGCUCGGUGGUGCAAUCGAAGAUGAUCACAUACCGUUCCAAGCCAGAGGUGUCGAUAUCCUCCACAUGAUUCCUGCACCCUUCCCUGCAGUCUGGCACAAAAUGACCGAUGACGGAGAACACCUCGACAUACCCACGGUCAAAGACUGGGCAAAGAUAGUCACCGCUUUCGCCGCCGAGUGGAUGGAAUUAGAUGGCUAUCUGUCCCCUCCCAAAAAGAGGAAUGCGAUGCCGGAAUUGGACAGGACGGAGCUGUGA